CUACUCAAUACCCCGUCAGCAAUGGUCACCUAGACACGGUUUCAAUACAGAUAACGACAAAAACAAGCCUUUUGUAUUGGCCAGCACUUUUUAAUUUGCAGAUCUCCCACGUGGGAAAUGGGUAAUUUGCGUGUUUUGGGACCCCUGUGUCCCACAAUAUCUAUAACAACAUAGACGCUUAGUGCCGUGGUAUCCGCUCGAGGAGAGAAACUUGCUCUUGUCGGGUAUCUGAAAAGCGUUAAUAUUUGUUGCCAUGGUUAAGUUUUUUUGUGUUAAAUGUAGCAAUCUCCUCCCGGACACUCGACUCCUCAAACAAACGAGAAGCCCAUCAUAUCCUCCCAAGACACAGCGACACGCAGACACGAAGACAACAUUUCAAGACCUCGAGACUACCGCCUUCGAAACAGAUCACGACGCCCCUUAGAAAAAAAAUAACCCCCCGAAUAACCAGCCGAGGAAACGAUGGACAUGGACAUGGGCGGAGCGACCAUGACAUCCAUGGCGAUGCCAAUGGCAACCUCGGCCGGUGCAGCUUCGGGAAGCAUGUCGAGCGGCGGCAUGUCCAUGUCGAUGGCUGACAUGACCAUGACGUUCUUCCAAUCUGUUAAAACUCCGCUCUACUCAGACGCGUGGAUGCCAGGAAACAAAGGCCAAUACGCCGGCACCUGCAUCUUCCUCAUCACCCUCGCCUCGAUUCUCCGCAUACUCCUUGCCCUUAAGCCGGUUCUGGAUGAGCGUCUCCGGAGGAACUCGCCGACGCACGCAACCCAAGUCAGCGAAACUGCUAAGGAUGCAGAGAGCGGCGAGGCCGGGGAGCCCGGUGUAGUCGCCAGGACAGACGUCGUUGAAGAAUGGAAGGGAUGGCGGGCUGGCCCCGCGGCGGCAAGGGCCACAUACGAAGUCAUUGUUGGGGGUAUUGGUUACUUGCUGAUGCUGGCUGUUAUGACGAUGAAUAUCGGCUACUUUCUCUCUGUUUUGGCUGGCAUAUGGCUAGGAACAUUCUUUAUCGGCGGCUUAGCCAGCAAUGCCCCGGUCAUUCGCUGCUAGGUGGCUUGGAGGAAGGACGCGUUCUCGAUUUCUGACAGCUGUGAGAUCAUGAGUUCUGUUCUUCAAUAAUGUUUAAUUAAGCAUCUGUUAACUAUUCGAAAUCGCUACUAUAUGUACCGAGAGUUUUCACACCAGUC